AAAGACAGGUGAGGACUUAGUUAACCACAGUUACUGAGAAAUCACGAGACGAAACUAAAAUCUCUCUUCAGACCCACAGUCAUCUGCCCUGGGCACAUCCUGCAGAAAGUUCUGAGAAAGAAGAGCCAUGGGUUACUACAGAAAAUAUGCAGCCGUCAUUCUGGCCACAUUGUCUGUGUUUCUGCACAUUCUCCAUUCCUUUCCUGAUGGCGAGUUUGCAAUGCAGGGUUGUCCAGAAUGUAAGCUAAAAGAAAACAAAUACUUCUCCAAGCUGGGAGCCCCAAUUUACCAGUGCAUGGGCUGCUGCUUUUCCAGAGCCUAUCCCACUCCAGCAAGAUCCAAGAAGACGAUGUUGGUUCCCAAGAACAUCACCUCAGAGGCCACAUGCUGUGUGGCUAAAGCCUUUACCAAGGCUACAGUAAUGGGAAAUGCCAAAGUGGAGAAUCACACAGAGUGCCACUGCAGUACAUGUUACUAUCACAAAUCCUAAGUAUUUUGCGAAAUGCCAUGUUGAUGACUGCUGAUUUCCUGGGAUGCAAAAUUAAGUUGUUCAGUGCUUGUGAUUCUGUGAGAUAAAAUCCUCCUUUUCCUUACCAUAGCAUUUUGACAUGCUUGAGGUAUACACUGUAGCCUUUUUUGCUUUUUUCCUUAUCCUACAGUAGAAUUGGCAGCCUACUUUUUUUUUUCAUGUGGAAGGAAAUACAGCAUUUAGCAUGACCUUUGGAAAUAAAGC